UCUACACAUGUCAAGGGCAGCAGAUGCUAGACCCAGGAAGCAAUCUGCACCAAGUGUGCCUGCAAGGUCUCCAGGAACUGAUUGCCAACAGCUGGACUUGAUCACCAGCUUACAAACUGAGAUCAUUCAUUGGGUGGAAUAACAAGCGGACUGUGCUCUCUGGUUCUACAAAACAUUGUUUUUCAAGGACUUGUCACGGCAGCAGAUAGAAAACAGGAAACUACCGCCUGAAACUUUGAGUCUUCUUCAAGAACCAUAGCAUAAGAAACUCCACUCCUGGGGAGUUUGCAGGAUGACGGUGGCCCUUCAGGAAGCUUCUGCUGUGCUCGUUUUGUUCCUUGCAGCAUUUCUACCCCCACCACAGUGUGCCCAGGACCCAGCUAUGGUGCAUUACAUCUACCAGCGCUUUCAAGUCUUGGAGCAAGGGUUGGAAAAAUGUACCCAAGCAACAAGGGCAUACGUUCAAGAAUUCCGAGAAUUCUCAAAGAACGUAUCUGUUAUGCUGGGAAGGUGUCAGACCUAUACGAGUGAAUAUAAGAGUGCAGUAAAUAACCUGGUACUGAGAGUGGAACGUGCCCAACGGGAGAUCGACUACCUGGAAUACCUCCGAGAAGCUGACAUGUGCAUAGAAUCAGAGGAAAAGACACUAGCAGAAAAGCUACUUCAAGAAGCUGAAGAAGAGCAAAAGAUCCGCACUCUGCUGAAUGCAAGCUGUGACAACAUGCUGGUGGGUAUAAAGUCCCUGAAAAUAGUGAAGAAGACUAUGGACACAGAUGGCUCUUGGAUGAAAGACACUGGCAGUAACUCCACAAAAGUAUUUCUAAUUGGACCCAGAAACAACAUUGUUUGGGAAUUUGCAAACAUGCGGGCAUUCGUGGAGGACAGCACCAAGCCAGCCCCCCGGAAACUAAUCCUUCCACUUUCCUGGCAGGGAUCAGGCCAAGCCAUCUACAAAGGUUUUCUAUUUUUUCACAACCAAGGGACUUCUAAUGAGAUAAUCAAAUAUAAUCUACAGAAGAAGAUUGUGGAAGACCGAAUGCUGCUCCCAGGAGGAGCAGGCCGAGCUCUGGUUUACCAGCACUCCCCAUCCACUUACAUUGACCUGGCUGUGGAUGAGCAUGGACUCUGGGCUAUACACUCAGGGGCAGGCAUACAAGGGCAUUUGGUUCUCACAAAAAUCGAGCCUGGCACAUUGGGAGUGGAGCACUCAUGGGAUACACCAUGUAGUAGCCAGGAUGCUGAAGCCUCAUUCCUCUUGUGCGGGGUUCUCUACGUGGUCUACAGUUCUGGUGGCCAGGGCCCUCAUCGCAUCACAUGUGUCUAUGAUCCACUGGGCACUAUUAGGGAGGAAGACCUACCCAACUUGUUCUUCCCCAGGAGGCCAAGAAGUCACUCCAUGAUCCAUUACAACCCCAGAGAUAAGCAGCUCUAUGCCUGGAAUGAAGGAAACCAGAUCAUUUACAAACUCCAGACAAAGAGAAAGCAGCCUCUGCAGUAA